CUCUCUCUCUCUCUCUGUCCCUCUCUCAUCCGUAUUUCUCAAUCUGGUUAAGCCAAGUGGAACCUCUCUGCAAAUCAAAUCAAUCUGAGACUGAGAACCACGAGCAAGGUUAUUUUUUUCUUCUCUAAAUGGCUACGAGUAACCCUAGGGUUUCAGUUCUUGAAGCUGCUCUGCUCUCAAUCUGAAAUGGAAGACGAAGCCCUCAAAUGCUCUUUACAGAAAUCGAAGCCGGUCUGACGUUGUUUCAACUGAGAUUGACGAAAAGAGAGGAGAUUUUUUUCCCUUAAGUUAUCUAGGUUUGUUUAGUUAUUGGCUCGUUCGAUCUGGUAAUGGACUCCCGAGAUUUAUCGUCCUCAGCGACUGCUAGUAGAGAUGGUUCUUCUGCGGAAGAGGAUGGCCUACUCUCCGUCACUGCCGGGCUUGCUAAGGAGGCUGCUUUAUUGUUUCAGUCGGGGAGGUAUACGGAAUGCAUCGAUCUAUUGAAUCAGCUCCUACAGAAAAAAGAAGAUGAUCCGAAGGUUCUUCAUAACAUUGCCGUUGCGGAGUACUUUCGUGAUGGUUGUUAUGAUCCAAGGAAGCUACUUGAUGUGCUUAAUAAAGUUAAGGUAAGAAGUGAAGAGCUUGCUCGUGCAUCUGGAGACCAAGUGGAGGUUUCUAGCAAUCUUGGUAAUAAUGUCGUUUCAGGAUCUAAAGGGAGCACUGUCACACAACAUCAAUUUUCGGCUGCAAACAGUUCCAGUAUUGCAUACACAGAUGAAUCUGACACUUCAGUUGCAACCCUAAACACCGCUGUUAUCUUGUUUCAUCUUCAUGAAUAUUCAAAUGCACUAUCAGUUCUCGAACCAUUAUAUCAGAAUAUAGAACCCAUAGACGAGACAACGGCUCUUCACAUAUGCCUUUUGUUACUGGAUGUUGCUCUAGCGUUGCAUGAUGCGUCAAAAGCUGCAGAUGUUAUUCAGUAUCUGGAAAAAGCUUUUGGUGUUGGUUAUAUGAUUGGUCAAGGUGACAAUGGAAGCACCAACCAACAUCAAUCAUCAAAUGCUGUAGUAAGACCUCAAUCUGCACCGAGCAAUUCAACUCCUGCUGAUGCUUCUAAUUCAGACUCAGCUGCCAAUUCAAAUUCCUCUGAAAAUCCUUUAACAAGAACCAUAUCAGAUGAGGCACUUGAAUCCCUUCUAUCAACACUAGACAGUGGUGGGCAAAACUUGACAAGGCCAGUUGGCCUCCCAUCAAACGACCUUUUGAGAACCUCCACUGAUCGGCCUGUUCCUGGUGUUGAUCUGAAGCUCAAGCUGCAUCUCUACAAGGUGCGACACCUGCUUCUCACUAGGAACCUGAAAGCAACAAAGCGUGAAGUUAAGCUAGCUAUGAACAUUGCACGUGGUAGAGAUUCUUCCAUGGCAUUGCUUUUAAAGUCCCAGCUAGAGUAUGCUCGGGGUAAUCACCGUAAAGCUAUCAAGCUCUUGAUGACGUCAAGUAAUAAGACAGAAUCUGGAAUUGCAAGCAUAUUCAACAACAAUCUCGGUUGCAUCUAUCAUCAACUCUGGAAACAUCACACAUCAACCAUGUUCUUUUCUAAGGCACUGAGAAGUAGUUCAUCUCUUCGAUCAGAGAAACCUCUUAAGCUCUCAACAUUCUCCCAGGAUAAAUCCCUCCAUAUUGUGUACAACUGUGGGUUGCAAUACUUAUCCUGUGGGAAACCAAUAAUUGCUGCUCGCUGUUUUCAGAAGGCCAGUUUAGUUUUCCACAAUCGGCCCCUCUUGUGGCUCCGAUUUGCUGAAUGCUGUCUAUUGGCACUUGAGAAGGGGCUUCUGAAGUCCAGUGAGUCUCCCACCAAUGGGGAGGAAGUUAGAGUCCACGUUGUUGGCAAUGGGAAAUGGAGGCAACUUCUUGUGGAAGAUGGGAUAUCAAGAAAUAGAUAUUUGGAUCCUGUGGAAGAAGAGGAUGGAUUGUUGGGUGGUGAUGGCCAACAUAGGCUUUCGAUCUCCUUUGCUCGGCAAUGUCUUCUCAAUGCCUUACAUUUAUUGAACAGUUUGGAGUUGAAGUACUUGAAUGAUGGUUUGUCCAAUUCUGCCACAGAGGAAGAUGACUCAAGUCAAUCAGGAUCACUUAAGAACUCAAACAGCAAGAAUUUAUUGGUUGGGGAUUCAAAGGCAUCUAAUGUCGCAGUAGUUUCUGCCUCAGCUAAUGCAAACGGGGAUGCAAAAGAGGCCAGGGUAGUGAGCCUGAACAACACCCUACAGAGUUCUGUCUCUGCUUAUGAGGAUAUGUGCAAAAGGGAAAACCACUGGAUCAAGCAGGCUGUUCUAGCUGACCUGGCGUAUGUAGAGUUGAAUUUGGAAAAUCCAUUGAAAGCACUAUCAGCUGCUAAUUCACUUUUGAAGAUUCCAGAAUGUUCAAAGAUAUACAUCUUUCUAGGUCAUAUUUAUGCAGCUGAGGCGCUGUGCUGUCUGAACCGGGCAAAGGAAGCAGCUGAGCAUUUGUCAGUUUACGUCUCAGAUGGGAAUGUUGAGUUGCCAUUCAGUGAAGAAGACAAAAAGUGGCAAGUUGAAAGGGGUGGAGAUGGUGAGGAGUUAAAUGGUGGUUCAGUUGCUGCCAGUUACCCAUCCAUGGAAGAUUCUCAAGGUAUCAUGUUCCUGAAGCCUGAAGAGGCACAUGGAACUCUCUAUGUAAAUCUUGCAGCAAUGUCUGCAAUGCAGGGUGAUCUUGAGCAGGCUCACCGGUUUGUGACAGAAGCUUUGUACCAAUUGCCCAAUAAUCCACAGGCAGUACUGACUGCAGUUUAUGUGGAUCUUCUGCUUCAGAAGACACAAGCAGCCCUUGCCAAAUUGAAACAGUACAGUCAUGUUAGAUUCAUCCCUAGCAAUGUAACAUUUAACAGUUGUGCCUGACGGUUGUAUUGGUGGUUUAAAUGAUUCGAAGUGUCCGCCCAACACCCUGUGUGAGUUUAGCAGGUAGAAGAGGAAUCUUUUUUUUAGAGUAUCUGUAACAUAUAUAAGAUGAGCCGUAGAAUAAGCUUUUCUUUUGUUUUUUUCGUGUUUAGGGUUUGGUGGCAUGGCACAUUGUUUUGAUUAGCGCAGAUGCCCCCUUUCAGAAUUCAAAAAUGUAGUAGUUCUGAUUCAGAUUAGUGUUUAGUGGCUAAUGCAGUUUGUAUUCAACAAGAGAGAGAGAUUUAGCUCUCACAAAAGAAAGGUUUGGAAAACAAUUUAUUCA